UUUCCCCUAUCUUUCUUUCUUUCUUUGUCUUUGAAGUAGCCGAACAUUCCCUGUUCUCCCUCCCUUCUUGCCCACCUUCUUCCAAAGCAGAUCGAAAACAUAAAAGCAUCUCAGUCACUGGCCUUCUUUCUCCCUAACUACUUCAAAGUAGAAAAGCCCAUUUCCCCUGUCUUUCUUUCUUUCUUUGUCUCUGAAGCAACGGAACGUGCCUUGUUCUCCCUUCCUUCUUGCCCACCUUCUUCCAAAGCAGAUCGAAAAUAUCAAAGCAUCUUAGUCACCGGCCGUCUUUCUCCCUAACUACUUCAAAGCAGAAAAGCCCAUUUCCCCUCACCGAAAAAUCCCCACCAAAAUCCCAUUCACCGGCCGUCUUUCUCCCUAACUACUUCAAAGCAGAAAAGCCCAUUUCCCCUCACCGAAAAAUCCCCACCAAAAUCCCAUUUCUCCUCCUUCCGUGAGUCUCCUUCCGAGAACAAAGAAUAUGGUAAAUUUGAGCAUCAUGAAUUAGAAAACAUAGUGGAGUUGCAACAAAUGUUUGACAAAAUAGUAGUCACCGGUGAAAUUGCAUGCACUCCAGUUGCUGGGCCUAUUCCUCCAGUACAACAGAAUGUGGGGUUUGAAGAUGCUGUUGAUUUGGAAGAAGGAAGUGGUGAUUCUGAUGAGGUGAAUGUCAUCCCAACACAAACUGGUGGAAGCAGUGAAAAGAGAAAGAAAAACAAAAUUGGUCCUUCACUUACCGGCAAAGGGAAGAAAGUGAAAGUAGGGGGUGCAGCAUACAUGCAGAAACAAUUGAAUCGUCUUUAUGAUGCAGUUGAAAGUUAUACCACAACUACUCUGAGUGAUUCAUCAAAGAAAAAUUAUGAAACAUAUCCUGAAACCACUGAAGAAUGUAUGGAGAUGUUGCUAACUUUACCUGAAGUUGAAGAUGAUAAUGAACUUUUUGUGUUAGGUACUCGUUUGUUUGUGAAACGAGAAUAUAGAAAUAUGUUUAGGAGUAUAAAAUCAGUUAACUCAAAACUUGCUUGGCUACAGCAAGAGUUGGAAAGGGACAAGAUAAGGUUUGAGAUGGAGAGGGAGAGAUUCGGUGGUAGAAGGUAUUACUAGGAUGUAUCUAUUUGAGUUUUUAGUAUUAAAACAAUCGUAAUACUUGUAUUUGAGAUACAAAACUGUUUCCUUUUUUAUUUGUAUUUUCGUUGUAUGUGGACUAAUAUUAUGAAUUUAUGUCUUUUUCAUAAUGUUGUGUCUUAAAAAUUGGACUAAUGAUUUAUAGUUUAAAUAAGGAUUCCAUAUUAAU